UCGCCUGUCGCUGUCGUCGUGUCCGGAAAUUGACAGCAAAAAUUAAAUUUUAAUGCAGAUUGCACCCAAUUAUAGUAAAGUGAUGGUGAAAAAAUAUCAAAAUGUCCAGUAAAAUAGAUAGAAUUCCUGAAAGCAUUGAUUUUCCUAAAGAAGAAGAAAGAAUUUUGCAGUUUUGGAAAGAUAUUGAUGCUUUUCAAAGUUGUUUAAAACAGUCGAAAAAUAAACCCAGGUAUUCAUUCUAUGAUGGCCCACCAUUUGCAACCGGAUUGCCCCAUUAUGGCCAUAUACUUGCUGGAACUAUAAAGGACGUUGUUACUCGAUAUGCCCACCAACAGGGCUUCCAUGUGGAACGGCGAUUUGGCUGGGACUGCCAUGGACUGCCUGUGGAAUUUGAAAUAGACAAAACUCUUGGAAUCAAAGGUCCAGAGGAUGUUGAAAAAAUGGGCAUUGAUAAGUACAAUGCAGAGUGCCGUAAAAUAGUCAUGAAGUAUGCUACUGAAUGGGAGACCAUCAUCACGCGUAUGGGCCGCUGGAUCGAUUUUAAAAAUGACUACAAGACCUUAUAUCCCUCAUUUAUGGAGUCAAUUUGGUGGGUAUUUAAAGAGCUACAUAAUAAGGGAUUGGUAUACCAGGGAGUCAAAGUGAUGCCCUUCUCUACCGCCUGUUCAACUCCACUGUCCAACUUUGAAUCUGGGCAGAAUUACAAGGUUGUGGUGGACCCUGCUGUUGUAGUCACCUUUCCUACAUCCGAGGGGUAUUCUUUCUUAGCUUGGACAACAACUCCUUGGACCUUACCCAGUAAUCUCGCUCUCUGUGUAAAUCCAAAAUUGACAUACGUAAAAGUUAAAGAAAACGCAACUGGCACAUGUUAUGUUUUGCAAGAAUCAAGGUUUCCUGUAAUUUUCAAGAAUGUUGAUGAUUUUGAGAUUGUUGAGAAGUUCCUAGGUGAGAAACUGAAGGGUACAAAAUAUACACCAAUUUUUGAUUACUUUGUCAAGCAAUGCUCAAAUGCGUUUAGGGUGUUAACUGACAGUUACGUCACAGAAGAUUCCGGUACCGGAGUGGUACAUCAGGCACCAUACUUCGGCGAAGACGAUUUCCGCGUUUGUCUUGCGGCAGGUGUGAUCACGAGAGACCAGGACAUCAUAUGCCCUGUCGAUGCCAGUGGAAAGUUUACAGAGCCAGUUAAAGAUUUUCUUAAUCAAUAUGUGAAGGACGCGGAUAAAAAUAUAAUUGCAAAUUUGAAGGCGCGUAAUCGGGUACUACAGGUAAGCCAAGAAAAGCACAGUUAUCCAUUUUGUUGGCGGUCGGAAACACCUCUCAUUUACAAAGCUGUGCCUUCUUGGUUUGUAAGAGUGGAGCAAAUGAGUAAAGACUUGUUAAAAUCCAGUGAAGCUACAUACUGGGUUCCAGAAUAUGUUAAAGAGAAAAGAUUUGGUAAUUGGCUGAAGGAGGCUCGGGAUUGGGCAAUAAGUCGGAAUCGCUACUGGGGCACACCUAUACCACUUUGGAUGUCUAGUGACAAGCAGGAAAUUGUUUGUGUUGGAAGCAUAGAAGAAUUGCAAAAUUUGACUGGGCAACAAGUCACUGAUUUGCACAGAGAAAACAUUGACCAUUUGGAAAUUCCGUCAUCUCGACCUGGACACCCGCCGCUGAAGCGAGUCCCAGAGGUUUUUGAUUGUUGGUUCGAGUCGGGUUCAAUGCCUUAUGCCCAGUCCCAUUACCCAUUUGAGAAUAAGAAAGAGUUUGAGGAUAUUUUUCCUGCCAAUUUUAUUGCUGAAGGUAUUGAUCAAACAAGAGGCUGGUUUUACACACUGAUAGUGCUUUCUACAGCACUGUUCAACAGGCCACCUUUUAAAAAUUUGAUUGCUAAUGGCUUGAUUCUUGCUUCUGACGGGCAAAAAAUGUCAAAACGAAAGAAAAACUAUCCCGACCCUAUGGAAAUCGUUAAUAAAUAUGGUGCUGAUGCUUUAAGACUUUACUUAGUGAACUCCCCAGUUGUGAAAGCAGAAAAUCUCAGAUUUAAGGAAGAAGGAGUAAGAGAUGUUAUCAAGGAUGUAUUUCUUCCUUGGUAUAACGCAUUUAGAUUCCUAAUGCAAAAUGUCGAAAGGAUAAUCCAAGAAGAUAAAGUCGAUUACAAGUACAAUGAGAAAACUCAAAGGGAAAAUGUGAUGGAUAAAUGGAUUACAUCUUUCACUCAAUCUCUUAUUAACUUCGUUAAAAAAGAAAUGGCUGCAUAUCGUUUGUACACAGUAGUGCCCAGGCUUACCAAGUUCAUAGAUCAUCUUACGAACUGGUAUGUUAGGAUGAACAGGAAAAGGCUAAAGGGUGAGAAUGGAGUAAAAGAUUGUCUGGUUGCUUUGGACACAUUGUUUGGUGUAUUAUUUGAUAUGGCGAGGGUAAUGGCACCAUUCACUCCUUAUCUUACUGAACUAAUGUACAAGGUGCUGCGACAGCUAUUGCCAGGGGAUUCCCUGGAUAGUGUCCAUUACAACAUGAUCCCAGAACCAAAGCUGGAUAUCGUAGACACCGAUAUUGAAAGGGCAGUGCAAAGAAUGCAAUCUGUCAUUGAACUGGGAAGAGUUUUGAGAGAUCGCAAAACUAUACCUAUUAAAUAUCCCUUGCCAGAGAUGAUUGUUAUUCAUCGUGACAAAACCUAUUUAGACGAUGUGAAGUCUUUGGAAAAAUAUGUUUUAGAGGAAAUGAAUGUAAGAAAGAUCCAAGUCACCAGCGACAAAGAAAAGUAUGGAAUCAAAUUAAGAGCCGAACCCGAUCAUAAACUACUUGGUAUUCGACUAAAGGGCGAGUUUAAGGCAGUGACUCAGGCUUUGAAGGAAUUAAACGAUGCACAGUGUGAAAAGAUUGUUACCGAUGGUUAUGUAGAACUGGUGGGUCAGCGCAUUGAUGUUUCGGAAAUAAGAUUUAUAUUCCAGGCUACCGGCAACGACCAGUAUGAAGCCCACAGUGAUAAUGAUGUACUAGUUUUGUUGAAUGUUACACCCGAUCAAGACAUGUUGGACGAAGGAUUCGCAAGAGAAAUUAUCAAUAGAGUUCAGAAAUUGAGAAAGAAAGCACAUUUGGUGCCAACUGACGAAGUAAAUGUUUACUAUUCUGUUAACAAAACAAGUGACAUCGUGCGUAUACUGAAAAUUCAUCGGGAAUUUAUUGAAAGUACUGUUAAAGCUCCUUUAUUGACCAUUGAAGACAUGCCACCAUCUAAACCUAUUAUAAUUGAGGAAACCCAAGAAUUAAAGGGCUCUCAAUUGAAAUUAGUAAUAACAUGGAGAAAAGAAUUAGAACUUCCUGUAAAACCUUGGGUCAACAUUGUAUUGCAAGAUAUAGCUCCACGAUUCGGCGUCACUAGCAAUCAAGCUACUUUAUUGCUCAAAGAUAGGCACGAUAAAGAUAUCAGUGUUGAUACACUUUACAAGGAAAUAAAUGUCUUGUUCGGUCUUUAUGGGAUUAAAUACACUAUAUGGUGCGAUGGGCAAGAAGUAAAAACCCUUAAAAACUUGCACGCAAAAACUAUUGUAGUGUCCUUAUCAAAACCGAAAAUAUUUGAAACUCAAUCUAACCCUUUUUGCAAAUUUGUUAAUGUCGCUAAUGGCACUAAAACUGCCACCUUAUUCUUAGAGAAUCCGGUUGGACGAAAAACUCUGAACAAAGAAAAAGCUGUGCAUUUUCUUUCUACCCUCGGCAUCAAGAUAAAUAAUCUUGAGAUGUUCUAAAAAAACUUGCUUUUAUUUUUUAUUUAAUGAAAGAGGUGUGAUCACCUAAAAAAUAGUAUGUAACUUUUUCUUUGAGCAAAGGAACCAUUUUGUUACCUGUAAAAUAAUAACACGAUUAUAGAGCUUUGUUUUGUUACUAGCUUUUGUGACUUAAUUUAUUUAAAUAAAUUGAUUA